AUGUCAAACAUUUUAGAGAAAAAAUGGAAAACAGCCCUGACCUCCAUCCUGGAGGAGCUGGAUAAGUCAGAAUACAACAAGAUGCUGUUUUGUUAUUGUUUUGACAAAAUCCCUAAAAGUGUGAAGACUGGCACGUCCAGAGAGGAGAUGCCCCAAAUAAUCAUCCAGCACUUAGGAGUAGAUGAGUCCAUCUUUGCAAUCAAUGAAGCAAUGGAUCUGAUACCGAGGAAGGACUCUGCAGUCCAGGACCUGCUGCGCCCCUUUGUGGACAAACUGAGCAACAAACAUGAAGAAGAGAACAGAGACUCCAUGAAGGAAAACAGGGAGGAAACAACCAAAAACCAGAGGGUGACGAUGACAACGUUGGCUGAAACCAAAGAUCAAUUGAAGAGCAGCCAACCUGACAAGGAGAGAAAGAUUCCAACAUGGAGAAAAACCAUCAAAGAUGUACUGACCAGCGGUGACCUGGGUAACAAAGUCAUAACUGGGAAAGUUGUACAGAAAUCUGCUCUGCACACAUACCGAACCAAACAAAAGGAGAAAAAGUUUUUCUUUUAUCUGGGAGUCAGUGAUGAGACAUCCUGCAUUAAAGUGAUGGUGUACGGAGAAGAUCGCCAUCAAGAUAUCCAGGAGGGGAGCUGCUACUUGUUCAAAAAUGUAAUCAUGGAAGAAAAUGUCAUGAAAGUUACCAAACAGAGCAAAGUGACAAGAACGAGUCCCAUUGACGUCCCUGAGGAGCUGGAGGUGGAAGCUGAGAGGCUCAUUGAUCACCAGAAGCCAGUUUGCAGUAUAACAAAGGCCAAAGAGUAUGCAGACAAGACAGCAGUGAGUGUUGAAGGAACUGUGACAGAGAUUGGUCCCGUCGAACUCGUCAACAUGAAGAACCAACAGAGGAAGAAAGAGAAGCAAGAUUUCCAUCUUAAUGAUGGCAAAGAUUCCAUCAGGAUCACCUUGUGGGGCAAAGACACCAAACAACUCAGGGAAAUAUCAGAUGGAGACUUUGUCAGAGUGACCAACGUGAGGACCAAUCACUACUAUGAAACCGUCUCGCUGAACUCAACCGAUUUCACCAGAAUUUACAAGGUAGCUGCUGCCAACAUGCUGCACACUGUUUGACUGAUGCUAAUGUCAUUUUGGGAUAUUUUAGUUUUUCUCUUAAGACACAAAUGAGUUGUUUGUUGCUCAGUUUGUUGGUUGAAUGAGGAGCUUCUUGAUAUCAUAAUCAGUGACAAAAAAUCACUAGUAGUUUUUGAUAGAACACUCUUCCGUCAAGGUAGCUGCUGCCAAUUUAAUGUGAAUUCUUAAUUCCUUCAGCCUAUUGGACCAGAACAGAUGUGUUCUUCACAAAUAGGUGGCCAUCUAAUAGAAAUGGUGUGUUGAUGCCAUUUCCUUCUAACUAUAAAACUUUUAAUCCACCAUAAAUUAAGCAGUCUGGUGUAGUUAUGAGUGAUCUAGGUUGAGUUUUAUAGUCAUUUUAUUGCAUCAAUCUUUGUGUUUGUACAUUUUUUGUAUGUAUUUUCUAGUUUGGUUCUGUGUUUUGUGUGUUUUGUGUAAUUGAAAGUAGGGCUCGGUGAUAUGUAUAAAAUCUAAUAUCAUGAUAUUUUUUGACAAAAUACUUCUAUCGAUAUUGCAACAAUAUUGACGGGAUGACUGUUGGUGCGUUCACAAAAUAUUUACACAAUGAGAUUUUUUAUGAAUAAUCAUCAGUAAUGUGGAUAUAUAAUAAAACCAACAAAUAAUGUCAGCUGAGCAGAAUUGGGCCAAUAACCCCUCCAGAUUAAAACUGAAAAAAGAGCCAUCAGACUCUACAAUCACUUAAAAACAAGCGACCCUCAAACAUUCCACCAGAGAUGAACCAGGAAAAGAGACUCAGUUCCCUAAUCUCCAGCAGCCCUACAGUCAACGUGCCCAACCAAAUUAUAACAAGACAAAAAGAAAAAUACAUCUCUUAUCGGAAAGACACCACAAAAACUCAAAGUAAAAUGGAGUGUUACUUGGCCCUAAACUGACAGUACACAGUGGCAGAAUAUCUGACCAGUGUGACCAGUGUGAUGAGACAGACGCUGACUCAGUGGACGCAGUCAGGACAGACUGUGUACACAGAGAACAGUGCAGACACAGUUACAGGUUUUUGCUACACUACAACAAAUAUGCAGAAAUUAGAACAUUAUUCUUCACCAAAAUUCAACACAAAUAUCAAGAAUUUGCAACAUAAUCAGAAAGGAACCAAUUUAAAUAUCUAUUAGGUGAAAAACAAAAUUGCUGCAUUUUGGCAGCUUAAUAUCUGACCUCUUGCCACAACCUGAGGGACACCGAGUGAAACGCCACUAGAUUACAUACUGGUUGUUCUUUGUGUUCAUAUUGACUGUUGUUUGUUUGCUUGCUUGUUGAUUGAUGGUCAUAUUUGAGUUACAAUGCCCUAUUUAUUCGGGUUUGUGAUUGUACAUAUAGGCAUACAUUUGUAAUUAUUAUUAUUGUUGUAACUGUUGUCUUUAUUAAUUAUGUAUAACUAAUGUGGUUAUUACUAUUAUUAUUGUUAAUAUUUGUUUACUUUGCCCAUAUAAGAACCUUUUCAUGCCAAUAAAGGUCAUUAAAUUGAAGACUGAAUUGAAAUUGAUGAAGCAUCUGUUAGCUACACUGACUAAGUGAAUCUCAAUUGUUCAAAGUGCUCAGAUUCUCUGAUACUGGUGCAGAUUAUGUCUGAAUACAGAGUUUAGCG